UAUAAAUACAUGAUUCCCCACAAAGCUAAGACUCGUCCAUCAUCAGUUUCUUCCUCUGUUUCUUACCUAUAUACAUCCUCUGUUCUUUUAGACAGUUCUAUAUAUCAGCCUGGGAGAAUGGAUACCUUCCUUUUCACCUCAGAAUCUGUGAACGAGGGUCACCCCGAUAAGCUCUGUGAUCAGAUAUCCGAUGCAGUGCUAGAUGCCUGCCUCCAGCAAGAUCCUGACAGUAAAGUUGCUUGUGAGACUUGCUCAAAGACCAACAUGGUCAUGGUUUUUGGUGAAAUCACAACCAAAGCUAAGGUGGAUUAUGAGAAGAUUGUACGAGAUACUUGUCGUACUAUUGGAUUUGUUUCUGACGAUGUUGGCCUAGAUGCUGAUAAGUGCAAGGUCCUAGUCCAGAUUGAGCAACAGAGCCCUGAUAUUGCUCAGGGUGUCCAUGGCCAUCUUACCAAGCGUCCUGAAGAAAUUGGAGCUGGUGAUCAGGGUCACAUGUUUGGUUAUGCCACGGAUGAGACCCCCGAGCUGAUGCCUCUUAGCCACGUUCUUGCUACUAAGCUUGGGGCGCGCCUCACUGAGGUCCGCAAGAAUGGAACCUGUGCUUGGUUGAGGCCUGAUGGUAAAACCCAAGUGACAGUUGAGUAUUACAAUGAUAAGGGGGCAAUGGUUCCAAUUCGCGUGCACACAGUCCUCAUCUCCACUCAACAUGACGAAACUGUCACUAAUGAUCAGAUUGCUGCUGACCUCAAGAAGCAUGUGAUCAGGCCUAUUAUCCCUGCAAAAUACCUUGAUCAGAGGACCAUCUUCCACCUGAACCCUUCUGGCCGAUUUGUGAUUGGAGGUCCCCAUGGUGAUGCAGGUCUCACUGGUCGUAAAAUCAUCAUUGACACUUAUGGUGGUUGGGGAGCCCAUGGUGGUGGUGCCUUCUCCGGAAAGGAUCCCACCAAGGUCGACAGGAGUGGAGCCUAUAUUGUUAGACAGGCUGCUAAGAGCAUUGUUGCAAGUGGGCUUGCUCGUAGGUGCAUUGUUCAGGUUUCUUAUGCUAUUGGUGUACCCGAGCCACUCUCAGUUUUUGUCGACUCAUAUGGAACAGGGAAGAUUCCAGACAAGGAAAUUCUUAAAAUUGUAAAGGAAAGUUUUGAUUUCAGGCCUGGAAUGAUUGCAAUUCACUUGGACCUAAAGAGAGGAGGGAACGGCAGGUUCUUGAAGACUGCUGCAUAUGGGCAUUUUGGGAGAGACGAUUCCGACUUCACUUGGGAAGUUGUGAAACCCCUCAAAUGGAAGAAAGCCCGGAACUAAAUGUAACAUUUAGACAGGUUUGGUGAUCAAUAAAUAAUAAUGUACUUUGCUUUUCUAUGCACCUCUCUUCCAUGAGAGUAUGCUCAUUGCAGUUUUUCUCUUUAUAUUUUCCCUUUAGUAUUA